AAAGCCAACCCCCUCAAACCUGCCAGGUGAGGCCAAGCUCGUCUGAUCUAACACAAUGCCAGCGGGAAACAUUUCUUUUACACCACUUCUUUGUGCCUAAGGUUAUUAUUGUUAAGUUCUUUCCAAACCAGCCUCAUCUCCUGAGCCCCCUCCCUUCCAUCCUCCACCUCUGAGGCAGGAGCCAUGAACUGGUCUGCGUUGGAAGCCCUCAUCAGUGGGGUCAAUAAAUACUCCACUGUAUUUGGCCGUGUCUGGCUCUCCAUGGUCUUCGUCUUUCGGGUGAUGGUAUUCGUGGUGGCGGCCCAGCGAGUGUGGGGUGACGAAAACAAGGAUUUUGUGUGCAAUACGGCGCAGCCAGGAUGCAACAAUGUUUGCUAUGACCACAUCUUCCCCAUCUCCCACAUCCGUCUGUGGGCACUACAGCUCAUCUUUGUCACUUGUCCUUCACUUUUGGUAGUGGGACACGUGAAGUAUAGAGAAAAGAAGGACUCGCAGUACACGGUCUCACAUAAGGGUGCCCAUCUGUAUGCUAACCCUGGGAAGAAACGUGGAGGGCUGUGGUGGACAUACUUGCUGAGCCUAGUGUUCAAGGCAGGCUUUGAUGCUGGCUUCCUCUACAUCCUGUACCACAUCUAUGAUGGUUACGACAUGCCCCGCCUCUCCAAGUGCUCUCUGGCACCAUGUCCCAACACAGUGGACUGCUUCAUAUCAAGGCCCACUGAGAAGAAGAUCUUCACCCUGUUCAUGGUGGUCUCCUCUGUCUUCUGCAUCCUAAUGUGCAUCUGUGAGAUGGUUUAUCUCAUCUGCAAACGCAUCCUCAAACUUCUUAAGAGGAAAAAUGAGGCAGAAAGAAGGAUGUUCGCUGAGACUCAUGAGAUGACCCCACUAGCAGCUCCCAGGUCAGAAUUCAGGUCCAAAACAUCAGUCAGAGUGGAUCCGACAGCAGCAUCCACCCAGAACCUCAGUAACAUCAAAGCAGAGGAGGGGACGUCUAGGAAAGAGUGAAGCUCUUCAUGUGAGGUGUCCCAUU